CGGGCUAGCUGCGGGGCCGGCCCGGAUGGCGGGCGGCGCGGGCUGGGCGGGCGCCCCCGCGGCUCUGCUGCGCUCCGUGCGCCGCCUGCGCGAGGUGUUCGAGGUGUGCGGCCGCGACCCCGACGGCUUCCUGCGCGUGGAGCGCGUCGCGGCCCUCGGGCUGCGCUUCGGCCAGGGCGAGGAGGUGGAAAAACUUGUGAAAUAUUUGGACCCCAACGACCUGGGGAGAAUCAACUUCAAGGACUUUUGCAGAGGGGUCUUCGCCAUGAAGGGGUGUGAGGAGCUGUUGAAGGACGUGCUGUCCGUGGAGAGCGCAGGGGCGCUGUCCUGCGCUCCAGAGAUCCCUGACUUCGUGGAGCAGGGCAGCGAGGUGCCAGGUCCCACAUUUGCUGAUGGCGAGCUUGUCCCUGUCUUCUUUCCCGAGGAUGAGGAGGAGGCUAUGAUGCUGGCCCCGCCUGAGGGCCCCUCAGAGUCAGACAUGGACAGCCCCAUGGAGAGCACCCAGAGCCUGGAGGGGUCAGUCGGGAGUCCCGCCGAGGAGAAGGAUGGGGGGCUCGGGGGCCUAUUUCUGCCAGAAGACAAGGCCCUGGUGCACACUCCGUCUGUGACGACGUCAGACCUCUCCACGCACUCCACCACCUCACUCAUCAGCAACGAGGAGCAGUUUGAGGACUACGGGGAGGGGGAUGAUGUGGACUGUGCCCCCAGCAGCCCCUGCCCCGAUGAUGAGACCAGGACCAACGUCUACUCGGACUUGGGGUCUUCAGUGUCUUCCAGCGCGGGGCAGACACCGAGGAAAAUGCGGCACGUGUACAACAGCGAACUGCUGGAUGUUUACUGCUCUCAAUGCUGCAAGAAAAUCAACCUGCUGAAUGACUUGGAAGCCCGACUAAAAAACCUGAAAGCCAACAGCCCCAACCGAAAGAUCUCUAGCACGGCCUUUGGACGGCAGCUCAUGCACAGCAGCAACUUCAGCAGCAGUAAUGGCAGCACUGAGGACCUAUUCCGAGAUAGCAUCGACUCCUGUGACAAUGACAUCACGGAAAAGGUCAGCUUCCUGGAAAAAAAGGUGACAGAGCUGGAGAAUGACAGCCUCACCAACGGGGACCUGAAGAGCAAGCUAAAGCAGGAGAACACACAGCUGGUACACAGGGUGCACGAGCUGGAGGAGAUGGUGAAGGAUCAGGAGACCACUGCUGAGCAGGCCCUGGAGGAGGAGGCCCGGAGGCACCGCGAGGCCUACAGCAAGCUGGAGAGGGAGAAGAACACUGAGAUUGAGUUGCUCAACACCAGGGUGCAGCAAUUAGAGGAAGAAAAUACUGACCUUCAAACAACAGUGACCCGUCUCAAGUCGCAAGCAGAGAAACUGGAUGAGGAGCGGCAGCGCAUGUCUGACCGACUGGAGGACACCAGCCUGCGGCUCAAGGACGAGAUGGACCUGUACAAGCGCAUGAUGGACAAGCUGCGGCAGAACCGCCUCGAGUUCCAAAAGGAGCGGGAAGCGACGCAGGAGCUCAUCGAGGACUUGCGGAAGGAGCUGGAGCACCUGCAGAUGUACAAGCUGGACUGCGAGCGGCCUGGCAGGGGCCGAGGCUCAUCCUCCGGCCUGGGCGAGUUUAAUGCCAGGGCCCGAGAGGUGGAGCUGGAGCAUGAGAUCAAGCGGCUUAAACAGGAGAAUCAUAAGCUACGGGAUCAGAAUGAUGACUUGAAUGGACAGAUCUUGAGCCUCAGCCUCUAUGAAGCAAAGAACCUCUUUGCCACCCAGACCAAAGCCCAGUCGCUGGCUGCGGAAAUAGACACAGCCUCUCGCGAUGAGCUCAUGGAAGCCCUGAAGGAGCAGGAGGAGAUCAACUUCAGGCUAAGGCAGUACAUGGACAAGAUCAUCCUCGCCAUCCUGGAUCACAACCCCUCCAUCCUGGAGAUCAAACACUGAGACCAGGGGAUUGCUGCAGAGAGGCCUCGGGACCCAGGACCAAGGAGCAGUCCCUGCCUGAGGAGGGGCCCUGGUCUGGGCCUCACUCCACAUUGUCAGUGUACCUGGCCACCAUGUAGCGUGUACUGGUGUGUGUGUGGGAGGCCGUGCACACAGCAAGGGGUGAGCAUGGGCCAAGACUGUGGGUGAUGUCUGUGCAGUUAGCUGUUCGUGUGCUUGGUGGUCCCUUUGCAGAGGGUCCAGAGGUGGGAGGGGGUGAGGUCUGCUAUCAGGAAUUACUGUAAUAACAAGAACUGGAAGCUUAUGUUUCAGAUACUGGAUAAAAUGAUUCUACCUCUGGGGAUAAGGAUUAAAAAUACUCUGAGUAAUGGCUUUCACCCACCCCUAUUCUCCCUGGGAGUGGGAGCAAAAUUAGGGUCUAUUCCAGGAGUCCUGGUGCCCAAUAGCCGUGUCCUUAUCAGCCUUUUUGACCACCUUUCAAGCCCAGGUGCUCCAGCUCAGAGGAGGAAGGGGCUUCUGCGCCCCCUUGCUGGUGCUCUCUGAGAGGCGUGUGCGCAGGUGUUUCAAGGAGCAGACUCACAGAGGAGCCAGCCUGGGGGUGACCUACAUUCUGAGAGUUCUUGGCAUUUUUGAAGUUCUCCAUAUACUUCCACAUCUCUGCUGACUUACCUUCCCUUUCUGUUAUGUUUUUAAGAUGAUAAAAAAUAAGCAGCAGUUACUUGGGUGUUAAAUGCAGGGAUGAAAGGGAAGGAGAAAGGGGCUGGGGAUAGGGGUGUCUAAGGCACAUAUUGGCAUCUCCCAACCAAAGACAUGACUUUCCAGGUGGAGCCCACUCACCUCCCCUAGCCCCUGCCCCAUGGUUGCCUUUUAAGAGAAAAUCAGGAAGAGACUGUCUGGGUGGCUUCCUCAGGCUGUGAGUGGGCCUUGCUCUCCAGUUUUCUGCAAAGCCUGGUCACAACAGGCCGGGAGGUUCGGCUUUCGGAAUCAGAGCUCUGGGCUUGGCUCAGGAGAGCAGCUAGGCCUGUGCUCCAGCUUUUAGAAACGGCCCUGCCAGGGAGCGCUGUGAAUGCCUUGCUGCUGGGACACAGUUGGGGAAACUGCUGGGAAACCUUAGUCUUCCAUCCUUGUGGCACGUGGUGGGAGCCACACUAUGGAUUCUUAGUGGGUUCUCUUAGUCCAGGUGACUGGGAGUAGGUAUGGUACUUUCUUUGAGUUUUCCAGUUUGUCUAAAAUUUUGUAUGACUUGUGAUCAUUUCCUUAAUCCAUAUAUUUUUAUAUAAUCCAUAUGUAUGGGUUAUAGAUAGAUAGAAACAUUAAGGUCUUAUUUCCUCCCCCCCCCCCCCAUAGUUCCUUGUUUUCUUCAGUACUGAAAUGUGUGGAGAGUUUGGGCAUGUUAGGGAGGGGCAUGGCAGCUGAGGGGUGUCCACGGAGAAGAGAGGGGAGCAGAGGGUGAGGAGGUGCCUGGGUGCUUGGGUGUGUUCCCUGCUCGAAAGGACAGGGCUAUGGCCAGGACUGGUCUUCAUCUACCCAGUCAGCCUUUUGCUUUUUUGGAUUUUGCGAGUUCUUUUUAAGCCUGCGUAUGGCAUUUGUCUCAUGCUGCAAAUAAUGGGGUUGCACUGGUCUGACCCAUGAUUGGAGCCACCCACACCAGGAAGACUGGGCCAGGAGUCAGUCUUUUGGAGCCUCUUGUAACCUCCUAGAACACUGGAGUCCCUUGAGGGUCUGAGAAGAAGAGACAGUGGGAAUAAGGUGUGAGGAGCAGUUCUCUUGUGAAUUUGCUAACAGGAAGGAAUGGCCAUGAAUGAAAGGAGAGGAAAAAAGGAGAAAGCAUGACUUGGCUUUGCUCUGGGUUGCACAUCGGUAGGGGUCCUGCUGAGAGAGGCCAGUCAGGCCAGGGUCCUGUUCCUUAGGCGGCUCAUUCCAGGUGGAGCACCUUACAUGCACUUUAUAAAAUUUCACCUUCCCUUUAGCUACAGUGGUGUGGAAUUUUAGAGAAGCCCACGGGUGCAGGAGUUACAGAUUCACAAGGAAAUUUCUGCCAUAGGGCCGGGAGGUGGUAAAAGCCAUAAACCUGCAAUGCCACCUCCCUCCUGUAGGGGGUGCGGCGGGAACAGAUCCCUGGGAUCAGCAGGGAGUCUGAGAAGCCCUUCUCCUCUGGACCUGGAACAGUGCAUUGGGUCUUUGUAAUGAGGCUGAAUUCCUCAUAAUACACCCCUCAAACCCAACCUUCUUACUUCAGCCAGAAUACAUGUAUCUUUUUAAAAUGCUCUCCUGUGCUUGAAAUCUGGGGGGAGGGGUGCUGCAGAUGCUCUAGGGGUGCUAAUCCUAUGGCGGCUGGGCAGGUUCCAGAGCUGUACCUACUCUGGGUACAGGGGGGGCAACCUAUUGCUCUGUUUUCUGUCUCCUUCCUUCCCUUUUGGUUGGGACUUCUCUCCCAGUGGGGCUUCUAGAAGGCUUGCAGGAGGCCCUGUUAAAUUUGAAUUUGAAUUUCAGGUAAACAAAUUUUAGUGUACGUGCGUUCUGUGCAGUACUCGGGACAUAUCUUAAAAUGGGGAGAUUUUUAAAAUUCUGACCAGGCUGACCGCCAGAGGUGCAGAUGCCAUGGUUUGGGAUGGAAUGUGGCCCCAGGCAUAGGGAUGUCGUAAGACUUCCCCAGGUGAUUGUGUUCUGUUGGGAGGAGAGGGGGCUUUUUUUUUUUUUUUUUUUUUUUUUUUUUGCUAAUCUUAGCAACUCCACCAAGUAGGGAUUAGCAGAAACUGGUCUGAAGUUUAGAGGAACUUUUCAGGGGGCAGGCAUGGGGAGGCAGCAGACUCACAUUUUACAUGGCCCAGCCUUGCAUGGUGUCAGACGCCAGCAAAACUUGUUGGAUUUUAUUUAUUUUAUUUACAUAUCUAGUAGAAAAGGAAGCACCUACUGGAUCCGACAGGCCCUAUUCUGUGGCAAGUUAAAAGAAAUAAAGUUCUAGAAAAAAGAGAUUUUUUCAGUCUUGUGUUGGUCAGAGUUAGACCUAAGUUGUUUUAUUUUAAAAUUGUAGAUUGAGAAUUUUCAGGGGAAAAUUCCUUUAUCUUGACUUCAUUUCUGAUCUAUUGAAAAUACAAAGCUCGAGAACCUCCCAAAGCGCGUGGAAUUGGAACCGUGGUUCUCGACUUGGGCUACACAUUGGACUCACCUGGAGAGACUGAGCCUCGGCUGCUGAUUUGCUGAACCGCCGGAGGCUCAAAUUUGCCUAGUGUGGGGGUGACCCAGGUAUCUAGAGGUUUAAAGAGCUCCCAGGUGAUGCUAAUACACAGUCCAAGUCUGAGCCCCCUGUCCUAGAACGUUGCUGGCUAGAGGUAAGGAAACUGGGUGUGAUAGAAAUGACCAUUCUGCUGGGAUGUCGGUGGCUUUUCCUGUUUUGAUGUCAGAUGGUGAGAAGUUAGCAGAUCCCUCGCCCCCCAGGACAGGAGGCCAGAAACCCUCAGGAGCUGGUGGAUCCGGCUGUAUACCAGCUUGGGGCACAGCAAACCCAGGUGGGCAGGUCUCUGCCCGGUGACGUGGAGCCAGUGGUCAUCCGUGCUAGGAUGAGUCAUCCAUGAGCCUCUCCCAGAGUGGGGGGUGAACAGACUCAGGGCUGCGGGCUGAUGAGCUGGGCUGUUCCUCAGAAAGCAGCCUCAGGAACACUAGCCACCUACUUGGCACAGCUCAGCAGGAGGGACCCUGGCUUUGUGGGUUUGUCUCUGAUCGCUUGCAGGCUGGGAGGGUGAGGGUUGCCCCAUGUCCUCCAGGACCCAGGCCCACACCAGGAGGCUCUGCCGGCAAGUCUGAUUCCUGGCCCAGCCAGGUCCUGGUGGCCAGGUGGGUACAGUGCAGGUUCUUUUGUUCUAAUGAGGGACUUCACCACCACCAAAGGCCUACCCGGGUCACUGGGGCCUGUGGACUGGGGAGAAAUGAAGCCCUCUUUGGUGUUCUGUGCAUGUGAACUUAAUACAUUAGUAAAUUCAAAGCCUGAUGGCCACAGGGGAAGUUCGGGAGUGAUUAGUGUGCCAAUAAAAUGACGGGGCGGAUAGGCCUACAGUGACUUAAGGGUUGCGGUGGGUUUUAGAUUGAGGAGCAUAGCCAUUUAGGAGGUCAGUGCUGGCAUCCUCCAGUCUUCCUCCUUUGGGACUAGAGCAGCCCCUCUGAAUCAUGCUUCGGGGUGCUGAGUCUGUUGAGGAGCCUCAAGCUAGAGGGACCAUGGCCUCCCCGAGUGUCAUGAAGCUGAGCAAGCCCCUUCCCUUCACGUCUUAGGAACCUCCGGGUCCUGACAUCCUGCUUUAAGUGCUUGCAGUUGGUGCUCCGAGCGCCCAGGUUCCUUCUCUCCCAUUGUGACUGUAAAGUAGGGACGUCUGCCCUGGAGCCACGGGGUGGGGGUGCUGGGAAUGGCAUCCCAGGCUCCCCCUCCCCCCCAGCAGGAGCUGAGUGCUGUUGUCCCUGGGGGACAGUGCCUCCUGCCGGGACCCUCCGCUUUGCUGUGCUGCGCAGGCUGUGUUUUUGUCUGCAUGGUUUGGGGUCUUUGUCCUUGUGCCUUUUUCUUCUUCCCUGUCACCACUGUACAGGACUUUCCACUGACCACUGCCCCCUUUUCUACGUCCCCUGGUUUACCCUGACCCUUCCCGAGCCUGUAUAUGUGUACAUAGUGCCCCGCUGCGUGUCCACGUGCCUCACCAGGCCAGGUCUGCUCCAGGCGGGGCUCCGGGCGCGCUCCCCCACAGGGUCAGACUCCGCUUCCCCUUCGCUCACUCAGCCGAGCAGACUUGGUCACUUGGUUCUGAACUCUUCGUUAUGGUCCUAAGUCUGGGCGGCUGGGACCCACCUCGUCCGUUGUCCGGCCUGCAGCUCGUUUAGAAGCCUUGCACACCAGAAAAGGGUGACUUUGUUCAAGCAACUUCUCCCGCCACCUCUUCCUGUCAAUAUUAGUUGAAAGCAGAGCGCACCUUUCACGCCUGGGGCAUUGGUCCAGCAGGGACAUGGGUCUGCAGCAGCUCAGCAGCCCCUCGGAGGACGCACCCCUCGCCUCCAGAAGAAGCUCUGACUAUGCAGCGCCUAGUGCUCGGCGCAGGGCCUGGCUUCAGGCCUCCUGGCACCUCGUGACAAGAACAGACCCCAAGCGGGCAGAAGUGCCAUCCCGCCUGCCCUUAAACAACUGCCGAAGGUGCUCAGACCCGGGUGCCAUUAAAUACCCCACCGAUGUCAGGACACCGUUGGACCACGCAUUCCCGAGGACUUGCUCUCAGCCCACUGGCUCCCUUCUUCCCAGUUCUUCCCACGCUUUGGCUGGGCCUCCUGGCCCAGGUGGAAUAAGCUAUGCGUGUGGCCUUGUGCCCAAGGGUUGAUAUGACAGCUUCGACUCUCCGUGGGAUUCCACUUGAGUGUUUUUGCCCUUGGAGCCUCCAUCUGGAAGCAGACUGUUUCGGGGCUGGGGUGAGGCCUCCACCUCCAGGCCUCAGGGUGCGAGAGUAUGGGGUGAAGCUCCAAGGCUGCAUCCCGGGGUCCCAAGGUCUUCACCUCCAGCCUGCUUCCAGCCAAAAGGAGCAGGAUCUCAGAGGCAGGCACCUUCCAGGGAACUCUAAUGUACAGAACCAAGGUGUAAAUAAACAGUUUGCUUUUCUUGCCUGACUUGAUG